GGCUGGCGAGACGGCGUGGUUGUAGGCUAUCUCUGCGUGGGCAAGAUGGAGAUCCCACUAUUGAUCGUCACGAAUAAUCUUUCGGAGAAUAUCUCCGAGAGUCCUGUUCGUGAUCUCGGUCUGACCAUCAGUCUGAGGAUGGUAAGACGAGGAGAAGCGGAGCUGAGUGUCGUACACCUCGUGGAGCCGUCGCCAGAAUCGACUGGUAAAGCACGGGUAGUGACGCCAGUGCCGAGCGGCAUAAACUACUGCGAGAACCUCACGUUCAUCAGCGGUGUAGUUUAUCUCGGCGAGCAGGAGCUGAUGAGAGUAGAAGGCUAUCGGACAAUCACCGGAGCGAGACUCGACAGUGUCGUCCUCGGCGAUGGUAGGAGAAUAGUUAAUAGAAGGCUCCUUGGCGUAGAAGCCAUGUUUGCGCAAGCGGUCAAGGACGUCGCGGAGAUGUCUGAGGUGUUUCUCAAGGGUACGACUGUAGACCAGGAUAUCGUCGAGGUAGACGAGAACGUACUGCUCCAGGAUGUCCCUGAAGAUGUCGUUCAUCGCCCUCUGAAAGGUAGCGGGAGCAUUAGUGAGGCCGAAUGGCAUCACCGUGAACUCGUAGUGGCCGAAUCGCGAUCGGAACGCGGUCUUCGGCUGGUCGGCUGCAGCGACGCGGAUCUGAUGCUCAUCGGAACGAGGCAUGGGGUAGCUGUUCUUAACCGUGUAGCGGUUGAGGCCGCGAUAGUCGAUGCAGAGACGGAGAGUUCCGUCCGUUUUGCGAGCAAAGAGGACGGGUGCACCCCACGGGGAGUUGCUGGGUUUAAUGAAACCCUGUCUCAGGAGCUCCUCAAGCUGAUGCUUGAGUUCGGUGGCCUCGGGGAUCGAGAGUCUGUAUGGAUCCUGGUGGUGAACACGAUAGUCAGGCACAAGCUGAAUGGAGUGCUCGACGUCACGCAUCGGUGGGAUGCCGGCGUACGAGAACGACGAUGGGAAAACGUCGUGGUACUCUCGGAUGAGGUCACGAACUGCGGGCUCCAGGUGACGUGGACACGGAACAGUGAGCAGCCUGCGUGCAUCGAGUACCUGGAGCUCUUGAUCCUGCAAGCUUGGAGAACGGACGUGGAAGGCGAUCUUCUCGGUUUCCUCUUCGGAUCGGUGCAACCAGGCCAUCGCCAGUCUAUCGUCCAAGAGCUCAUCGUCCCGCUCGCGCAAUUGGCUGACGAUCUCCCCCUCGACAUCGUUUCGCAGAGCGACGACAGUCCCGCUCCACACAUCGAAUACUUGAAGCCGUACGGGAUCAUCGAUCACACCUUCUAUCCGAAGGAGCCUGAGGCACUUGAAGGAGAAGAGGAAGUCACUGAAGAAGAGGGUGAUGUCGACGAAGAAACGUUGGAGGGGAGUUAUAGUGAGUACAACGAAGGGGAGCAGAGUGAGGAGGAGGAGGAGCUAGAAGAAGAAGACGAAGAGGAGGAAGCCGGAUCGGAGUGGGAGGACUUGCCGGAAGAAGCGGCGCGCACAGGCACGAAAGCGGAAGAUGCCGAAGCGGCACGUAGAAGGGAAGAGAUCGCCGUCGAGAAAAACCAGCUGGAGAUCACCAGCGGGGCAAGCUUGUGCAUCAACGACGAUCCGACCAGGGAUCCAGAGCCCCCCGAGCCCGAAGAUGGCGGAUCAGCAACCGCGGCUCCGAGCACAUCGCGACAGAGACGGAGGGAAAGUGGCUUGUGGGAGGAAGGGAUCAAGGCCGACGGGAUCGGGCGAGCGUCCGUCGUGGGGUGGGAGGGGAAGGAGAUGCUCACGGGAAGGGGUGUGUCAGGGAUCGAGAUGCAUUCGGACGUGGAGUGGGCGGGAGGCGAUCGGGAGAGGAAGGGAAGAUACUCGCGGAGAGGAGUAUGUCAAGAAUCAAGGGCGUGUUGGGAUCGGGAUUAUGAGGGGGAGUGGCUUGCGGGAGGAAGAAAUCAAGGCCGACGGGAUCGACGAGCAUCCGACGUGGAGUGGGAGGGGGACAAGACGAAUCUGGCCGGGGGGGGAAAGAGGCAAGGACGUCGGGAUCGGGGAUGCAGUCCAACGUGGAGUGGGGGAGAGGGAGAGAAGAUACUCGCGGAGACGAGCUUUCGACGUGGAGUGGGAGGAGGAGCGAUCGGGACGGGGGGGGGAGUAGAACCGAUGAGCAGGGAGAAGGGGAAGCCGGGACGAAUAUGGGCCGGGGGGGAAAGAGGCGGGGACGUCGGGAUCGGGGAUGCAGUCUAACUCGGAGUGGGGGAGAGGCUUAGGAUGCAGUUGGACAUGGAGUGGGGGGGAGGCGAUCGGGAGAGGGAGAGAAGAUACUCGCGAAGAGGAGUAUGUCAGGAACGGGGCGUGUUGGGAUCGGGAUUAUGAGGGGAGAGUGGCUUGCGGGAGGAAGAAAUCAAGGCUGACGGGAUCG